AUCAAUUCUAGUCUUCCUAAUAAGCUAUGGAAAGCUAUAGCUUUUAGUUUAUUUAUAGAUCUACAAAAAUUUGCAUAUAAAAACUUAAUUAGCAAUGUUAAAUCAAUGAAUGAUGACGCCUCAUUACAAACCUCAGAUAGAGGAAUAUUAGCUAUUAAAAGGCGAAGGUAUAAUGUCCCAUUUGAAAGUAUUUCUGAUUGGCUAUUAGCUUUCAAAGCUUACAUGGAUGCU